GAGAGAGAGAGAGAGAGACAUAUCCAUACACCAUAAUGAUUCAUUAAUUUAUAUUUAUUCUCUCCUGGAUGUUUCUUAAAGAUAGGAGAUUUUCUAAGAAGCAUUCUACUAAUGAUACAAAGCAGUCUAUUGACAUUUUGUUUGACAAUUUUAGGGUCUAUUUAGUAGUGAAUUCGAUACUGCAGCGAAGGGAACGAUGUUGCUCCAUCUGUAAAGGUAACAGGUCCAAAGAUCCUCGUUACAAACUGAAUUUGCUUGGAAAGUGGUUAACAAGCAUCCUGACACCAAAAGAUGGUUCUCCAUGCAUGCGAAAUCUUAUAGUUUAACCUGAAUACAAUGGUAAAUCUCCAUGCAUGCUUAAGACCCUGUUUAGCCUGUUAAUAAGUUACCAUACCAUGUGAAGAAUCCUUGAAAAGUAUGUUGAAACCACCGACCAUGCCUAGUCUAGUUUUUAUCUCUUUCCCUAAUUUUUUUUGUCAAACAACAACAGUAGGAGGCAGCAGCUGCAGCAGAUGAAGAGAGGGAAAUUUUCUCAUGCCACUUCGGUGAAGAACUUGUAGAAGGUUAUAAUUUCUAUCUCUCCUGCAAUGGAACUUGGCUUUACAUCCCUAUUAGCUUAUUAUAUUCACCACUUUCCUUCCCCUGUGUUCCCUCCUCUAAGCAGGCCGUAACAAGAGUGUCAUGUAGAGCAAAAUCUGUUUCUUAUCAAAGAACCAAUUCUGUAUUGCAUAGGCUACUACUUAUAGCAUCGCAGGCCCACGAGCCAACCAAACUUUCAGAUGGAUCUAGGGCGACAAAGCCCACAAUAGAAGCGUUUUAAAUCGGUGAGUCUCAUAAAGACACAAAACUAGGGUUUCAGACACAAACAUCACUAGGUUACGAGGUUUCAUCUCCAAGAUCAUUGAUGACGGAAAAAGAAGCGAAGAGUAGAAACACAAUACAUCUUCCAGAGGAUUUGCUUGUGGAGAUACUCUCUAGGGUUCCGGAUGCUUCUCUGGCACGGUUCCUAUCUACCUCAAAAGAAUGGAACUCUCUUAUCAAAACAGAAGAGAGACUUAGGAAGAAGUCUCUUGUUGUCAUGUUAAUUGAUGGUAGGGUCUAUUUUGCUAGGCUUGAUCUCCAUGGCAUUACCGACGACAACGUUGUAAAGGUAAAAAGUCAGUUCAGCCUCAAUGAUUAUCCUCUUUCUAUACGUGAUAUCUUUCACUGCGACGGCCUAUUGCUAUGCACCACCAUGGACGAAAGACUGGUUGUCUGGAACCCAUGUUCAGGGGAAACAAGUAGAAUUAUCAAACCCUUAAAUUCCAAAUAUAGUUUUGAUGUCUACGCGCUCGGUAAAUCCUCAUGCAACAACGAGUAUAAAAUCUUGAGGGUCCAUCAUCAUGGAGAUGGUUGGAUGUCUCCAUGCCUUGUUAAGUACGAAAUAUAUGACUUUACAUCUAAUUCCUGGAGGGUUGUUGGUGAGAUUAGAGGGUGGACAUUUCCAGGGCCCUGGCGACAUGGCACGUCUGUGGAUGGAAAUACUUACUGGCUUUCUUUUGAUUUUAGUCAAGACCGUCAAAGACCGAAAAAUACCUUACGAUAUUUUGAUUAUUCAACAGAGAGGUUUGGACUUGUGUCUCUUCCGGGUGAUCCUCUAUCUUAUCAUCCUUUUGCCUUAUCAGUGACUGGAGAAGAGCAAAAUCUUUGUCUGUUAACUUCUUGUGUCAAACUACUCGAUAUAGGUGUAUGGAUGGCAAUUAAAAUUAAAGGUACAGGAGACAUGUCAUGGAGUAAACUCUUAACAGUGAAACGAACCAGUAGCGACCAGUUCUUUAAGCUUUGUAAAGGUGUGAGUUUCUUGGCCGACCGGAAGAAUAAAGUUAUAGUGCAUCCCAUUAAAGAUGUGAACUUUAGGAACUUCUUACACAUUGUGGGAGAGGAUAAAUACAGAAAAGUGAACCUUUGUGCUGUAGGAUACGCACUUCCUGUCAGCUGUGAUCCAACUUUGGUUCAAAUCCAACAAGGUUCUUUGGGGCUAGGCACAUGGAAAGAACCAAUCACCAAGUUUUCAUGAUAUUUGAUAAAUUAAAAUGCAAGUCUUGCUACUCCAUAAGGUUUUAGUUACAAUUCCAAUUCUAUUUCUUCUGCGACUGGAACAAUAUUUUUGGUUAUCUCUUAUUAAAUAAGCAAGUCUUGUUCUUAAAAAUCAGCAAUACCACUGACGUCAUUUACAUUUUGUGAUAGAUUUUUACUGAUCUUAAAACUUGGACAAUUUUCCUUUUGUUUCAUAUUAAGCUUAGUGUCCUUUUGAUAUGGCUAUGGAGUUGUAUGCAUUGUAAACUAGACAUGAGUACUUUUUCGGUGUCUUGUCACAUCGACGUGCAGAUCCACAAUUUUUAGAGAUCAGACUAUGUGAUAAGUUAUCAAGGACAUAGGGUUGACAGAAUAAUAUUUAAAAUCUGAAUAAAUAAAGCAUCUAGAGUUUGUAGAAAAUUUGAACACCUUAGAGCAUCAUUAACGGUAAAGGGCUCUUAAGAAGUUUUUUUUUGUCUGAUUUAAAAAAAAAUUAAAAACAAAACAAUUGCAGGUCGUCACGUAUCAGUGGGAUCCGCGAAAAGUGGCAAAACCCUCUCAAACUUGCCUCUUACGGAAGAGGUAGAAGAGGCAGCCCUAAGGAUAAUGGUAAGACCCGCAUGAUUUUAAUUUUUUUUCUUUGUAAGAGGCAGCUUUAAGACUCCGCGUUGUUGAUGCUCUUAGAUGUUGCAUAGUGAUUACUGAUUAGCGAGUGUCCGGCAUUAAUUGGUCUAGAAGAUGUUAUUUUCGAGUAGAUUGCAGUUUUCUUGUCCCUUGCAUGGAGUUUCAAAGGUGAAGAUUAUAGCUGGGUCAUUUAAUUUAAACUAAAAGCAAAAUCUCUAUAGCAAGUUCAAGUUUCAACUUUGGUCAUGAAUCAUGAUAUCGAAUCCAUUUCAUGUUUAGGUGUUAUAUAUGAUUUUUUUAGUCUGUAAUUGUACAGAAAGCCUCUUUUAUAAAGAAUCACAAAAGUAACAAGGCCAUUAUUGUAGACUUUUAGGUCCCUAGAGGCCAAUAACAAGCCACCAUGAAUCUAUACUAUUAAAGCAGAAUCUCUGAUAGGAUUCUGCCCUUACCUUUUAAAGUUAUUUACGUAGUUAUGACAUUCUUUUAUUUUGAUUUUAAAAUAAUUUUUACAACACAUAACUCAACCAAUCAGUUUAUCCCAUUUUAAACCAUUCUGAAAUUCAAGAAUAUAAAGCCCACCGAACACAUGCAUUAAUUAAAAAUAAGAUACUUUUAAUUGAUUUUAACAAUA